AGUCUGAGAAAAGAAAGGGCAGUGGCUUCAGCGGGAGAGACUGAGCAUGCCCAAGUUUUGUUUCGUUGCAGUUUUUUUCGCCGCCAUAAAUAACUUUCCUCUCCCACACACGCACCCAUCCCUCUGUGCUGUUUCGGUUCCAAUAACCUGGCGCGGGGCUUCUGGUGUUGUCCGCGUUUUUCAGGAUUGCAAUUUAGCCCGCUCUGAGCCUGAGCAUGCCCUGGAGCGCUGGGCUUGGAAGUCCGCCCAGAAGCCGCGAGACAGGCCUGCUGGAGGCCCGCCUUUUGCUGUAGGGCUGCGCGGGACGUUUCGGUUUUAGUUAGUGGAAGAGGCGGUGGCGGGAAUAGCGCGCCAUGCAGAGCAAGAGGCAGCGGGCCGCGGGCCCGGCAGGCAAGAGCGACGGCGGUCAGCGGGUGAUGGUUGCUCCAGUCUCUGUUGUUAAUCCACCAAGGAAGGCUGGCAGUGGGCCAUUAUUUACCAGGCUACGGAACCCAAGUACAGGACAAGCCGCCUUGUACUUGUUCAGCAGUGAUGCUGGUCAGCUCUUUGAAGUAAAAGCUUACCAUGAAGAAUAUCGCUCAUGGUUCAUUGGUCAGACGGUCCAGCAGGAUGGACGCCUGUUAUUUGCAACACCAGUGGAUCCCUUAUUUCUUGUGCUGUUUUACCUUGCCAAGGCAGAGAAAGAGCAAGGAAAGUUUCAGCCACUGGAUCAAAUUCUGGUAGAUGCAGAGUUCUCGUCCUGCACAAUGUUGUUACAGUGUACAGAUAUUUCAAAGUCUAUUCAUCAUGUUGUGGAAGAAAAAGAAACAGGUGGUAGGAAAUUUUGUAAAUACAGUGAAGAGAAAACAUUGAAGUGGCUAACAAAGAAGGUUAACCAGACUGUGAAAGUAUUAAAAGACCAUGAUGUGAGCGUAGGAGGAAAGGUGCAAUCUGCUACUUUUAUCAGUAGUAAGAAGCUCAUUGGUGCCACAGAAGAGGACUAUAUUCGCUACGCUCAUGGUUUAAUAUCGGAAUAUAUUGCUGAAGACCUGAGUACUACACUAUCUAAAUAUUUACGUCUUCCAGAAGUUGCUGUUCCUCCAAAGGAGCCCCUGCCAAAGAAAAGAAAAAUGUCAGAUGCGCCUGUGGAAGCUGAGGAAGAUUAUACCAAGUUUAAUACAAUUGACCUCAAAAGCAAAAAGGCAAACAAGAUGUCAGCUGCUCAGAAGGCUCUCGCAAAAGUUGACAAGAGUGGGAUGAAAGCUAUUUCUUCUUUUUUUGGUUCAAAAAGCAAAGCAACAAAAUGAGAAGGGUUUGAGGAUAUAAUUAUUGUUUUUCUUAAACUCCAGCUUUCCCCUCUACCUUUGCCUCCAGUUUCCUGAUGUUUCUUUUAUUAAACUUAGGCCUCAGAAGUAGAAAUGUUUCAUUCUAAUAGGGGACGUGCUUUUGUGAAAAUUGCUAUGCAGUCCUAUGGAAUUAGUGAACUUAGGCUAGAGUAAGGGUAAGCCAGUGUCCUGGUUUUGUUUUAUCUAACAGUGUAGUCCUAUGCCCAGUUACCCCAGUCUAGGCCUACUGAAAUCAAUGAAUUUAGAGUAACUGCACUGGGUCGCAUUGUUAAUUCUAUAAUACUUUAUGAUUUUGCUCUGAAUUUGUUUCCCCAUUGGGAAAAAAACCCUGAUUAUGGUAAUUUACUUUGUUCAUUAAUGUGCAGCUUGCAUUAGCUUGGUUACCACAAUAAAUUCAUUUCACCAAUG